AUGGAGACAGAAUAUGGUUCAUGUCGAACGUUGUUUGGUAAUGGUAGCUCCAUACACGCGAUGACAAAUGGUGAAAGUGAUGUUGAUAUAUAUGAUGGUUCUAGGAUCUUGUGUGAUAGUAAAGGUAACGUUUCCUACUUUGCUCGCGACUUAAAUGAAGUUCAUCGUGAGCAUGGUGGUGAUGACGUCAAUUCUGUCAGGAAUCGUCAGGGGGGUGUUUAUUAUCUACGCACUACAUCACAACAUUGUUGUGAUCAUAAGGACAACUGUGGAAAUACAUUCCCUGUGUUUAGUAAUGGUGAUAUAAAAGUUGAUAAAGUCAAUAAUACAGAUACAACAGAAAAAGCAGACAUUUUACCCGUCCCACGAUUCUUUGUGAUGCAUCGUGAUGGUACUGGGUUUGAAUUGUUACGUCAUCAAGACGUUGACGAAUACUUAAGAGCGGCUGAAGAUAACGUUGCUACGGCUGUUUUAAGAACUCAUGUUGAGGGUUUACCAAACGUCACCGGAGUUACUGUACUAAAACCUUUCUCAGGAGGAGAAGGAAGAAAAUGGCUAAAACACAAAGAUGAAAGUAAUCUUAUUCCGCUUGCUUUAAGGGAAAGAGACUUCACGCAGUUUCCACCGAUAGAAGAAAAGAAAGAUGGACCAAAAUUUGGUACCAAUGCAGGUUGUGGACUAGUCAUUGGCAACAUGAGAAAGCCCGUUGAUGUAAAACCAUUAUUAACUUGUCCCAAAGUCUUGGUUUUGCGUCAUUUUGUUCAAUAUGAGCCUUCAGACAUCGUACAUCGCGAGGCUAUUUCAGCGGCAUUCCGUCAAUAUGGCGAGUACGUGACAAAACUUCAACUUCAGUGCGAUAACUGUCUGCCGAAGGAGUCACGUGACAAGGAAGAAGUAAAAAGAGCAAAUGGAUUGGCUGAAAAGUACGAGCGAGAAAAUUCUCUAAAAAAUGAUCUCAAAGCUGAUGUAAAUGGGGUACAAGAAAAGUAUUUGAAGUCUGUAGCACCUGUCGAAAAGCCCGCACCACCUGCGCCAGCCUGGAAACGCACGGCCGAGGAAUGGGAACGAGAUCGUAUAGAUUUGGCUAAACUAGAAUACGGCAAACAUGCAUUACGUCAUCGUGAAGUUCCGCCAUAUUUUGAAACGGCGAAGGGUCAAGCUUUUCUAAGUGCUUUAAAUCGCGGUCCUGAUAUGUUGAAGCUCAGUGCUGAACUCGACAAACAAGCUUGUCCAGUUUCUAGUUCGCUUCACAUUGCAAUGAGUGCAUCAACAGAAAUUAUAGAUCAGAGGCAUCAAACUUCUCAUGAAAAUGUUCUGCAAUAUUCAAACUGGUCUAGGUCAGCGGUUUUAGAGAACCCAGAUCUUGAAAGAGGACAAUCGCCUGGGGAUGUCUCUCCAGUCGAAAGUAGUACACCUUUUGUCAGUCGUCCAGUGAAUCCUACUCCUGCACAAGCUGGUGGUGUACCUACCUCCCCGUCGACACGACCCACCAACCCCACCCCCCGUCAAGCAUCGACUGUCUUGAGCAAUGAAAGUGUUUUAGAUUCCCCCCGUACCAAACAAUCUAUAGUCCGAAGUUCGACUUUAGAAUCAUUGUUGGAAAUGCAACAUGAAGUAUUGAGUUCAGAUGUUACGUCAUCAAAGACAUCUUGUGAUAAUCAUGACAAUUUACCCAACGUUAUCAUGGGUGGAAAACCUGGUGCUCUACCAAACUCUCAGUUUUUAAAGAUAGAGGAUCCUGUCCGACGUAAAGUUCAAACUGCUUCUGUUAUUGGAAAGAACAACACAAGAGGUUUUGAGCUUUCUCCACCAGAGGUGGACAUGGGGGUACUUAAAGAAGGUCACACGUAUGUACAUUCGGUGAUAUUAAGGAACAUUGGUAUUGAUAGCUGUAGAUUCAAAGUACGACAACCUCCUCCAUCGACUGGUAUCAAAGUUUUGUUCAAUCAUGGUCCUAUUGCAGCAGGAAUGACGAGAAAACUAGACAUUGAAAUGUUUGCUGUAGCUGUUGGUGUAUCUGGAGAAAGUGGAGUUGGAUCUGUUGGUCAUCACAUUGAAAUAAUUGGCGAAAAUGAAAUUUUUUAUCUUCCUGUGUCGGCCACUAUUUUAACCGCUUAUGAGUACGACAAUCGUUCAAAUUCGUUUCCCCAAGGUUAUCUCAGUAAAGGAACUCGUAUGAUUGACAAUCGACCACCAUCAAGAGACGCUAUUCGUCCUCGAAGAAAUCAUAUGUAUUCUGAUGUUUCCAAACAAUUUUAAACUUCAUAGAUUGUUUUAUGUAUUCUGCGUAUAGUUUUUUUACCAUUGAGUAAUUUUAAUUACAUAAAUUAUAAAUUAUAUUUAUAUCUUCUUGUGACCCGAAAGUUAAAAGCGCUUUCAAAAUUAUGGCAUCAAUUUGUAUGAUUUAGGGGCUGAUUACAUCAGCCCGGUAACCUGAAUUCAGAGAGGCGGGAAAUGAUUUUGAGUCAUCGAAAGGAGCAAAAAUUUUAAGCGCAAAACUUUUCUUAUGCGUUAGUUGUAACUUUCAAAUCAUGCACAAUUAUUUGUUUUCAUUUUAAAGAUUUUGUAAAUUUGCAAAGUCAGAGCAUAGAGAAAUUGCUCAAACAAGUUU